CGGAUGUACUUCCCACGACGUCAGACGGGCCCGCUGUGACGUUGUAUCCGCAGAGAAACGUUUCGUGCGCGGGCUGAGGUGUUGACGAGCAUCUGUCACUUUACUAGAGUCAGGCAGCCAUGGCUAACCAAUCAAUGGAAAUCAUAGCAAAAGUUUUGGAGCAGUCAGCCAAGCUGGUGGAGGAGCAGGUGGAUGCCCAGUUGGCCAAGCUGAAUGAAAUGGAUGAAGAUGAUUUGGAGAGGCUGAAGGAAAGGCGAUUAGAGGCACUAAAAAAGGCCCAAAAACAGAAGCAGGAGUGGUUGUCUAAAGGUCAUGGGGAGUACAGAGACAUAUCCAGUGAGAAAGACUUUUUCAGUGAAGUGAAAGACAGCAAGAAUGUCGUGUGCCAUUUCUACAGAAAUUCAACCUUCAGAUGUAAGAUCCUCGACAAACACUUGGCCAUCUUGGCAAAGAAGCACGUUGAGACCAAAUUCAUCAAACUGAAUGCAGAGAAGGCCCCAUUUCUGACAGAGAGGCUGCGCAUCAAAGUUAUUCCGACUCUGGCUUUGCUUAUUGAUGGAAAAACAAAGGACUAUGUGGUCGGAUUCACUGACCUGGGAAACACGGACGAGUUCACCACAGAGAUGCUCGAAUGGAGACUUGGCUGUGCGGACGUUAUUAACUACAGUGGCAACCUGAGGGAGCCCCCAACAGCGACACAGAGAUCAGGAACAAAGUUCACAAAAGUGGAGAAGAAAACCAUCAGAGGGCGAGGUUACGACUCUGAUUCUGAAGAUGACUGAAGAGGCUUGACAGUGUUCGGGUUUACUCUCUCAGGGCUACCUCAUUACUAAAACUCCAGCAGACAGCCCACUUCCUUUUUUCCCUCUUAGUAAUUUCUAUUUUUUUAAUUAACGCAAUCCACUGAUUCAUUUUAUUUAACAAGCAUGUUUGUUUCAGCCUUAUUUAAGGACUUAUCCACCAUGAUUUAUAUUGGAAUAUCUGAGUAAUAAAAUGUAUGGUUCAUGAACAAGGGAGCACACUGAGCGACCACUAGCUGUUAGCUGUAUUUUGUUUUUCUUGAUUUACAGGUGUAAUCAUUUAUUGUAGACAGCUGUCUCACGCACUUUCCUGUAACCUUUGUACGUCUCGUGUUGGAACCAAGUUCAUGGUGCAUGUGAGUGCCAAGAUCAUCUUUGAAGAGCAAAAUAAAUUUUUACAUGACAUUUCAUGGUAGCGUGAGUUUGACCUAACUAAUGCAGACUUAAUAAAAACAAGAAAAAGAUGGGGAAAAAAAA